CGAACUUCUCCAAGCACGUAAAAAGCAUAACGUUCCAUGGGCACCGACUCGCCAUACUAACCGCGUACCUUACGAGAGAUUCGCAAGUCACCAUCAUAAAGGCUUACGCGUCUGCAGCUGACAGCGAUGAAGGGAAGCAUCACAGCUUCUACGAACAACUCGAGGAGCUCGUGCGUAGGCAACGUGGUUACGUCGUUGUGAUGGGAGACUUCAACGCCCGGGUCGGAUCACGAAAGCACGAUCGGACCUUCCAGUUGCGAGAAAAGAAAGAUCAGUUCUGGAGGAAACGCUGCCUUUUUUGCCAUCAGGGUACCGUCGAAACCUCGACCACAUCGCAACUUGCCGACGUCUUAUCGAGGCUUCCCGGGAGCAUCGUCUUCCCCUCGACCUUCACUGACUACAAGAAGGCGUUCGACUCGGUGGAGCCAGUAAAGGUCUGGGAGUCGCUGGAGGAGCAAGGUGUUGAAAGGAUCUACGUGGACGUACUACGAGAAUGCUACUCAGACUGUACAACGGUAUUCCAUUCUUUCUACAAUGACGUUGUAGUAGCACUUCAGAAAGGAGUACGACAAUGGGAUCCGAUAUCGCCAAACCUGUUUUCCGCCUGCCUAGAGCACGUCAUACGUAGCUGCAACUGGAGUAACUUUGGUGUUAACAUCGACGGUGUGCGUCUUAACCAUUUGCGAUUUGCCGAUGACAUUGUGUUAAUCACGGACUCUCCAGAACACGCUUCUGAGAUGUUGCAUCGCCUAGAUGAGGAAGGAAGCCACUGUGGUCUCACCAUCAAUACUUCUAUGACCAAAGAAAUGCGAAACCAAUUCUCAGGGGAUACCCCUGUACUUCUGGAAGGAGGUGCUAUCGAAAACGUUGGCGAGUACGUGUACCUCGGGAGCCAGCUUAACAUGAGGAAUGACUUAACUGGAGAGUUAGCAAGACGUCGCAAGGCUGGAUGGGCAGCAUUUAAAUCAAUAAGAAGAGUACUAGAGGAGACCAGGGACUGCAAACUUCGAGCAGACUUUUUCAAUUCAACGGCGUUGCGUGCCCCCAGAUACGCGGAGAAACCUGGGCUCUGA